AUGAAAGAGGUUCCUCCACAAUACAUUCUGAAGAGGUGGACCAAACAAGCAAGAGCCGAAACUGUGCAGCACAUUAAGGAAAAUGACAUUGAAGUAGAUGUGAAAUUCCAACAAGCCUCGCGGUAUAAGACAUUGAUGACCGCGUUUAGAGCAGUAGCAAGUAGAGCUGCUGAAACUGAAGAAACUUAUGAUUUUUGUAUUGCACACCUUGCUACAUUAGGUGCAGAUGUUGAAGGCAAGUUAAGUGCUCAUUUUGGUGUUGGAAAUGAAGCACGUAAUGAUGAUGAUACCCAAAGCUUUGAAGUGGAAUGCGAAGAUGUGAAUCAUGUUGUGCAACCAAAAGGAUUGAAGAAAAAGGUGGCAACUAGUAAGGGCAAAAGGAGGGUCAAAGGUGGAUUCGAAGCGGCGUUGCUAGCGAACUCCAAAAAAAAAUCCCAUGCUAACAGCUUGGCUUCGUCACAAUCUAUUGCAAGUUCAACGGUUGCACCUUCUCCAUUAUCUGUUGGAGGAGAUAUAUAUGUUCGUGAACAUGUUCCUCCGUUUCAACCUCUUCCACCCCUUCAUCCUCUUCCUCGAUCUUUGCCCAUGGGUGGUAAUUACAUUCCUCCGCCAUUGAUGUAUCCCACAUAUCAUGCGAACAAUUUGCGGGAGAUGUAUGUGGUGCCAAAUUAUUUGCCAACUUCAAUGGCUCAAUGACAUUCUGCUCAACCAACAUUCCAGUCACUACUACAAGGUUCAU